UCACGACUUCAACCACACCGCGAACAACAUACUCUACAGAGAGUUCUGACGCACAACUAUUCGGUUUCUGUGAUACCCAGAGUCCACCCACCAUGUCAAUCACCUCGCGCAAACGCGAUCUUGUGUACUUGGCCUUCUUCCUGAUCCAUAUUCCGGUCAUGUUUUGCGUGGAUCUCUACCCGUUAUACCCCGAAUCAAUAAGGCCGCAGUUCAUGACAAACCUCCGCACGUGGUACAUCACCACCUACAACGACCGCUUCUUCACCACCCCGCCCGCCUGGUUCUCAGCCUACAUGUGGAUGGAAGCGCUGUAUCAUGUUCCCUUGAGCUUCUGGGCGAUUGGUGCCUUACUCCGAGAUGACCCCAAGCUGCCCAUUCAUCUCCUUGUGUAUGCGGUUCAGACAGCCGUCACCACGCUGACUUGCAUUGCGGAUUACCUGAGUUGGACGGGUUUCAGCAAUGCGCAGAAAAUUGAGCUGGGGAAACUGUACGUCCCGUAUCUGGCGCUGUCUGUCUGGAUGGGGGUGGAUAUGUAUUCGAGGCUUGAUAAGGCGCUGAGUAGGAAUACUGCAACAUCUGCGAAGAAGAGGUCUUGAUGUUGACGGGACGAAUGGGCGCAAGCAGCUAACUUGGAGCAAUACAGUCAGAUUGCACGUUGUACGCGUUUAUGCUUGAACCUUUGGCCGUUCAUGGUGAUCAAUGUAGUUCGUCGUAUACGUUUCAGUGGCAGAGAUCGUCCUACUCAUGGCAAGCGG